AUGGAGCUGGCACUGAUAUUAGUAAAUUUUAUAGUAAUUAUAGCGAAUUUAAGCGCGUCUACAGCGAGUUUCUUCGAGGAAAAAGGUGCUGGUGGUCAGACGUUGCCAAAAGCAGCAACAUUUCACUUUCCUGAAUAUGCUUACAAGGAGACUAGCAAAAAUGAAAUUCUUUAUCACGAAUUCGAGACAGCAUGCGAACGGAACACUUUGUGUGAAAAUUUGGAAGCCGUUAUGAAGAAAUCUUGUGUGCGGCGUUGCAUUUCGUAUACCUGCUACCAAGACAUUUACGGCUUUGAUGAGCUGGAGGAGGGCGAGAUUGACGUUCGUCUGAAUUCAUUUAAAGGAUGUGUAAUUCAGCGUACUGGCAAAAACCAUCGCCGUUAUCCGAGCACACAGGGAUUUUUAUUUCAACGCUUCGAUAUAGAAGAAUUUAUUUUCAAUAUGAAGUGGAAAUUAACGAAUUUUCUUAAAAAUGUGCUUUAGCAAGUUGCUGCAAUAAAUCUAGUUUUUAUAUAUAAAUAAUAAAGAAAAUGAAUAUUAUUAUAAUGUAAUAUGAAACAUGAAGAUUAUUAGCGAUUUUUGUAAAGUGAACUACUAACACUGCUGUAUUAAAUCAAAAUGCGAGAUAUCAGAGAAUAAAACUGGAACUCUCUUAACCUUUGAGCACGAGAAAGCUAAUUUAACUUGUUGGUUCCCCUUCACUUUUGUUUAAUACUCUAAUUUCGUAAAAUGUGAUCAU